UUCAAUGCUCCGCUAAUCAUAUAAGAGUAGAGCAGAUUUAUGGAAUCCAAAUAAAAACAAAACAGACUUUGGGCCUGGCAUGCUUCGGAUAAUCCUCCUUGUUACAGAUUUCUCGCAUAUUUCCACACUGCCAGGAAAGUGAGGGAAAGAGAAAGAAAACAGACAGAACAAGAGGAAAAAAAGCAUUCUUACUUUAACGGCGGAUAAUGAAAUCCCAAUUGUUAAGCCCAUCUGAUUUCAUUCAACUACCUAGACCCUUAUUAAACCCCACUAAAACCCUUCUCCAAUUCCCAAAUUCUUCGUUGUCAUUAUCUCAAACAUCUCGUAGGCAUGCUUUCAGAACAAAAUAUCAGGCCACCAACGAUGCCGUUUCUCUCUUUAAGACGAGGAAACUCAGUAUCCGGGCUUGCAGUGCUUCAGGUUCGAGUUCGAAUUCAGUUAAUGCACCCGCAAACGUGGAGGAAGAGAUGGAGUCGGCACAGAUAUUUGAGAAAUUGAAGGAAGCAGAAAAACAACGGAUAAAUAAGUUGGAAGAACUUGACAACAAGGCAAACAUUCAGUUAGAGAGGCAGCUUGUUAUGGCUUCAUAUUGGAGCAGGGUCUUGCUGACUCUGCGGGGAAAGUUGAAAGGAACAGAGUGGGAUCCUGAAAACUCCCACAGGAUUAACUAUAGUGAUUUUUUGAGACUUCUUAAUUCCAAUAAUGUGCAGUUUAUGGAGUAUUCAAAUUAUGGUCAAACAAUAUCAGUGAUUCUACCUUACUAUAAAGAUGGGGAGAUAGAAGCUGAAAGAAAUUUGAAGAAGGAAGUUGUUUUUCGACGUCAUGUUGUUGACCGCAUGCCAAUUGAUUGCUGGAAUGAUGUUUGGCAGAAGUUGCACCAACAAAUAAUAAAUGUAGAUGUUCAUAAUGUGGAUGCAGUACCUGCAGAAGUCUACUCGACUAUUGCAACUGCAGUCAUAUGGUCCAUGCGGCUUGCCCUGUCUGUCGUUUUGUAUCUCUGGAUUGAUAACUUGGCGAGACCAAUUUAUUCAAAGUUGAUACCAUGUGAUUUAGGUACUCCUAGCAAAAAAACUAGACAGCCACUCAAGCGCCGAGCACUUGGAUCCUUAGGCAAGAGCCGGGCAAAAUUUAUAUCUGCUGAAGAGUCUACCGGUGUUACCUUUGAUGAUUUUGCUGGCCAGGAAUAUAUAAAGAGAGAACUGCAGGAGAUAGUACGAAUUCUGAAGAAUGAUGAAGAAUUUCAAGACAAGGGCAUCUAUUGCCCUAAAGGUGUACUUCUCCAUGGACCUCCUGGAACUGGUAAAACUCUACUGGCUAAAGCUAUUGCUGGUGAAGCAGGACUUCCUUUCUUUGCCGCAAAUGGCACUGAUUUCGUUGAGAUGUUUGUAGGUGUGGCAGCAUCUCGUGUUAAGGAUCUUUUUGCUAGUGCCAGAUCAUUUUCACCAUCCAUUAUAUUUAUUGAUGAGAUAGAUGCCAUUGGAAGCAAACGUGGUGGACCUGAUAUUGGGGGGGGUGGUGCAGAAAGAGAACAAGGGCUGCUUCAGAUAUUGACAGAGAUGGAUGGAUUUAAAGUUUCUACAUCACAGGUGCUUGUAAUUGGUGCAACAAAUAGACUGGAUAUUCUGGAUCCUGCUCUAUUGAGGAAGGGCCGUUUUGAUAAGAUUAUAAGAGUUGGUUUGCCUUCUAAGGAUGGUAGAUUGGCCAUAUUGAAGGUGCAUGCUAGAAAUAAAUUUUUUCGUUCUGAGGAGGAGAAGGAGGUUCUACUUCAGGAAAUUGCAGAGCUUACAGAAGAUUUUACUGGUGCAGAGCUGCAGAACAUACUGAAUGAAGCAGGAAUUUUGACUGCCAGGAAAGAUUUAGAUUAUAUUGGACGAGAAGAGCUACUUGAGGCUUUGAAAAGGCAAAAGGGCACCUUUGAAACUGGCCAGGAAGAUAGUACUGAAAUUCCAGAGGAGUUAAAACUGAGGUUGGCAUACCGAGAAUCGGCUGUUGCUGUCCUUGCAUGUUACUUUCCAGAUCCCUAUCGCCCUUUUACCGAGACAGAUAUCAAUUCCAUUCACAGUCAACCAAACAUGCGCUAUACAGAAACUCCGGGCAAGAUCUUCUCUAGGAAAUCAGAUUAUAUUAACUCUAUAGUGCGUGCAUGUGCUCCUAGAGUAGUUGAGGAGGAGAUGUUUGGGGUUGACAACCUGUGCUGGAUUUCUUCAAAGGCGACACUGGAAGCAUCAAGGCUUGCUGAAUUUUUAAUUUUGCAGACUGGGAUGACAGCUUUUGGGAAAGCAUACUACAGAAAUCAGAGUGAUCUUGUGCCAAAUCUUGCAGCCAAGCUUGAAGCACUUCGAGAUGAAUAUAUGCGUUAUGCUGUUGAGAAGUGUUCAGCUGUAUUGAGAGAAUACCAUUCUGCUGUUGAGACAAUCACUGAUAUAUUACUUGAAGAGGGAGAGAUCAAAGCGGAAGAGAUUUGGGACAUAUACAAAAGGGCUCCUCGGAUACCUCAGCCUGCUGUCAAUCAAAUUGAUGAAUACGGAGCCCUAAUAUAUGCUGGAAGAUGGGGAGUACAUGGAAUUACGCUUCCUGGGAGGGUCACAUUUGCCCCUGGCAAUGUAGGAUUUUUGACCUUUGGUGCACCCCGCCCCAUGGAGACCCAAAUUGUAAAUGAUGAAACUUGGAAGCUAAUAGAUAAUAUAUGGGAUAAAAGAGUUCAAGAAAUUAGAGCUGAAGCUUCAGCAGAGGUUGAAGAAGACAAAGAGAAACCACAGCUCUUGAUGGCCAGCCAUUUCCUCUAAAACUUUUAUUUCAGAGUUAUCCCGAAUCAUGCUCAAGAGUGUUAUUUUGGUUCAGGCUAGAAGGGAAGUCAUGCACAUGCCUAACCCAACAAAUUCAUAAGCUCCUUAUGGCGAUCUGGACAUGCAGGAUCCUAUGUCUAGCUUACUGAUAUCUCUGUACAUCAUACAGCCGUGAUCCAUAGCUGCGCAUCUUUGCGAAUGCAGAGUGAUUAUCCUUGAAUCUUAUUUCAAUCAUAUGAAGAACUAACAUAUAUGUCUGCUAUUGAUCUGUGAUAUUGCUUCCCUUUGCAGGAAUUUUUUCUUAUUAAUUAUGAGGGUUAAUGGAUAUUGUGUUGAUUGUGCAUCCUCGAUAAGAGGCUAUUGGUGGUUCUGUGCAUUGAAUUUUACCAAGGUAAAUUGUUGUUGUAUACUAUGAAUUAAAUCACUAGGAUCUUCAUAAUGUCUUUUAGAGUUAGAAAAGAACAUCUAGGAUUUUCGUUUUUGAUGCUAGUAAUGAGAGUUCGUAUUAAAUUGGUCUAUAAUGGUUGAGGUACAUUUUUUAUAUUUUGACAAAAUUGUUAAUAAAUUUGGUGGUUUCUUUUA